UUGCUGCCACAUGAGAAGGAACUGAAGUUUUACUACAAAGGAGAACUUUUGGCUACUGGUUUUUAAAGAAUCCCUGUGGAAUAGAAAAACCAGAGGACAACGUGAGGAGAAAAACGAGUUUGACUGGAUUUGUUAUGGAUUUGUUGACAUUUGUGGCAUGGUGAAACUGCACAAAGGUCCUCUGAAGAAUGUAACGCAGUUUCUUAAAACCAGAAGCAUUGGAAAUCUGAAAAAACAAAGGCUUUGGGAUUCCUGAAACAGUUUCAUCAUGUUGCAUGUGGAUUUCAGAUCACUGAUUCUGCCUAUUGGCAUAGUUCGGAUGGUGGCGGUGGUUCUAACAUGCAUCUGCUUUGCAUUGGCGGCAUCAGCAGGAAUCCCAAAUGAAGCCAAGUCCCAAUGGGCUUGGUGCAUGUUCUGCUGGUGCUUCUGCUGUUUCACAACCCUCCUGAUCCUCAUUUUGGAGUUUACCAACCUGAACACCAAAGUGCCCAUUUCCUGGGAAGACUUCACCAUGGCUUUUGCUAUGUUGGCUACACUUAUGAUGGUCACCAUUGCAAUCAUCUACCCCACGUUCUUCGCCUGCUCCUCCUGCUCCAGGCAGAUCGGGGCGUCUGCGGUGUCCUGGUUGUGUUUUGGGCUGUACGCCGCCGAGGUCUGGUUGGUCCACAAAAGGCCUGGUGAAACUAGCGGCUUUCUCACCACCGUUCCUGGUCUCCUCAAGAUCCUGGAGACAUUCGUCACCUGCAUCAUAUUUAUGUCUUUGAGUCCCGUCGAAUAUAGGAAGUUUCCGGGAACUGAGUGGUGCGUGGCCGUCUACUCCUUAUGCUUCAUUUUUUCAUUGCUGAUUAUUUUCCUCACCAUCGCCAAGCUGUCUUUCAUCUUCCCAUUUUCCUUUGACUAUGUGGUCAUUAGCUUCAACAUUCUGGCCGUGGCUAUGUACACUACUGCUGUUGUUAUCUGGCCGCUCUAUGCGUUUGAGAAUAAGUCACGUCCAAAAGAUUGUAAACGCUGUCCGUGGGAUGAUCUGGUGGUGGUGACCUUCAUGACUGUCAUUAACUUCUUAGUAUACAUUGGAGAUAUGGCCUACUCUGUUAAAACAGUAUUCUUUACACAACAUGGGCAAGAGUAACCCAUGCCAUAUCUUUGGUUUAACAUGAAAAAAUAAUGUAUGUAACAUGAGUAAGGAUGUUAUUGUAUACGGAGCGGACAUAUUGACUGGAUUUGCCAUUCAAAGGUAAAUAUGGCCGCACCCUAUUCAGUCACAUUAUGUAGAGAAUGCAUAUGAGUUAUUAAUUCCCAAGUCGCACAUGGUUAAUAUUUAUUAGUAUAUCAUGUUUCAUGGGUUAAUUUUGAAACCUAUUAGCCUGCUACUGGUACAACAGUAAGGUAUCGAUUAAAGUCACUCCGCAAUAAUA